AUGCGAGGUUAUAAGAUAGUUAUUUCGGAUCCCGAAUUGGACCUUUCUCUUUUUGUGCUGGCUUCUGAUUGGCUGCGAAGCACUUUAACCUCUUCCGGUUCGAGUUUUUCGACGGCUUGGAUUGAAGAUGCGUUUGUGAGUCGAUUCUCUGGUAUGCGUCCAGUUGAGAUUGAGCUGAUGAUUUCUUCUGAGAUUACUCGCCUAUGCAAAAUCGGUAAGUUGCAAACAGCUCAACGUCUUCAUAUGCUGUCAUCUAAGCUGCCUUCUGAGAUCAAACUACCAGGAACUAUAAGCCGCCAACUUGAAAUUGCCUAUAUGAUCACGCCUUCCUCAUUUUACCGCAUCCCAACUGAUCUACUUGCUGGAGUUCGUGAAUCUUCAAAUCUUCAUAUCAAAAAUAUUAAGCGUAGGCUUAACGAAUUAUGCCUUACAAAUGAGCUUCCUGGUGACUCAGAAUAUCGGGCAGUAGCCCGCGUGAUCGACGAUGCGACUGGAGCGCUCUUUAGAGAUCAGCGGAUGUCACAGGAGCUACGUAUGUAUAUUUUAUCCAUUCUCUUACUCAAUUCUUACUAUCUUACUCCUUUCUACUUUUUUGAUUUCCUUUCUGCCUCGAUUUUGCGCAUAUGA